UCCAUUACCCGGAUGCGGAAGUAACGCUGGGGGUUGCCAUGGGGAGCAAGAUGGCGGCGGCCAGCAGGGUCGUCCAGGUGGUUAAGCCACAUGUUCCAGCAAUGCGAUUCCCAGACAGAAAAAAUAGUCCAAAACCAAAUGUGCAAGAAGCUUUGAAGUCUAUGAUUUUCCCAUUCACUGGACCCUCAGUCACAGCACCACAAGCUACCAGUGAAAAUCCUCCUGGAAUCUCCAAUCCUGCAUCCGUCCGCCGAGUAUUGACAUCCACAGACACUAAUGACUUAUUGAAAUCACUUCCUCAGAAGUACAGGAGAAAACCUGUGCCCAGUGAAGAGAUGGAGUAUAUACAACGCGGAGGUCCGGAAUGAAAACCUGAAGUGUGCCUCUACCGCUGCCAGAACGCGACGAUUGUUACCAAGUGUUCCUCAAAGUUUAAAAUUCAACCUUAUAGUUAACUAGAAGUUUAAUAAAGAAACCCAAAUCUCCA